UUGAGACGGGACUGUGGGACCGCAUCCGAUCGCUUGUCUUCAACUUGGGGUGAAGAAAGACACGGGAAACUCCUCGGGAUUCUCCGUACACCGAGCGCUGAUCCGGAUAUUGUGUUUGACGUGCUGAAGUGCUUCUUUAGGAGAAUUCUGGGGAGAUUUCUUACUCUUUCAUUCCUCAAGGAUGAAGCAGCACAGUGGACCUGUGUACUGAAUCAGCUCCCACUUUUAAACUUCAUGUUCCACGAUGAACCAUGAGCAAAGGUUGUGAGGGCCUGUUUCUAUCGUCCUGUUGUACAGUGAGGCAGUGAGCUCACGGUGGAUACAGCAUGCAUGUGUCGACAUAUCCCAGGAUGAACUCUGCCAGUCCAGGCCUACUCCUCCUCAGCUUCCUCUUCCUCGCCGAUGCUGACUCACCCCCCAGAUUCACACGAACCCCAGAAGACCAAACAGGAGUCCAGGGGGGAGUAGCUUCCUUUGUGUGCCAGGCCUCCGGGGAACCGCAGCCCAAGAUUGUCUGGAACAAGAAGGGCAAGAAAGUCAGCAACCAAAGAUUUGAGGUAAUAGAGUUUGACGAUGGAUCCGGCUCGGUCCUGAGGAUUCAGCCGCUGAGAACCCCCAGAGAUGAGGCAAUUUAUGAAUGUCACGCCUCCAACUCAGCAGGAGAGAUUACUGCCUCCACCAGACUCAGCGUGUUAAGAGAGGACCAGCUGCCCUCGGGGUUUCCCACCAUUGACAUGGGUCCCCAGCUGAAAGUGGUGGAGCGUUCUCGGACCGCCACCAUGCUCUGUGCUGCUAGCGGCAACCCUGACCCAGAAAUUACCUGGUUCAAGGAUUUCCUGCCGGUCAACACAUCCAAUAACAACGGACGCAUCAAGCAGCUCCGCUCAGGUGGCACGCCCAUACGAGGUGCCCUCCAGAUAGAGAUGAGUGAGGAGUCAGACCAAGGGAAAUAUGAGUGUGUUGCCACCAACAGCGAUGGGACACGCUAUUCUACCCCAGCUAAUCUCUAUGUCAGAGAGCUUCGAGAAGUGCGUCGUGUCCCUCCUCGCUUCUCCAUCCCCCCAGCCGACAGCGAGAUCAUGCCAGGGGGAAAUGUCAACAUCACCUGCGUGGCGGUUGGCUCGCCGAUGCCCUACGUGAAGUGGAUGCUGGGAGCAGAAGACCUGACGCCUGAGGAUGACAUGCCCAUCGGCCGAAACGUCCUGGAGCUGACUGACGUACGUCAGUCCAACAAUUACACCUGUGUUGCCAUGUCAACGCUUGGUGUGAUUGAGGCGGUCGCACAGAUUAUUGUGAAAGCUCUGCCAAAGGCUCCUGGCACCCCUGUGGUGACGGAGAGAACUGCAACAAGUAUUACUCUUACCUGGGAUUCUGGAAACCCUGAACCUGUCUCCUAUUACAUCAUACAGCAUCGUGCCAAAGGCUCAGAGGACCCCUAUAAAGAGAUUGAUGGCAUUGCCACAACACGCUACAGCGUGGGCGGCCUCAGCCCUUACUCCCACUAUGACUUCCGGGUGGCAGCUGUCAACACCAUUGGCCAGGGCCCCUCUAGCGACGUGGUGGAGGCCCGCACAGCGGAACAGGCCCCCUCCUCUCCUCCACGACAGGUCAUAGGCCGGAUGCUGAGCGCCACAACAGCAAUGAUCCACUGGGAUGAGCCAGAGGAACCUAACGGCCAGGUGGUCGGCUACAGAGUGUACUACACCUCUGAUAACACACUGCCUGUCAACCAGUGGGAGAAGCAGAUGGUGCGCAGCGCCAACUUCAUCACCAUCCAGGAUUUGACUCCUAACAAGACUUAUUAUAUCAGAGUGCUGGCCUUCACCUCUGUAGGAGACGGGCCCUUGUCACAGGAUCUGCAGAUUAUAGCCAAGACUGGAGUUCCAUCACAACCUUCAGAAUUUAAGGGUGAAGCCAAGUCUGAGACCAGUAUCCUGUUGUCCUGGGUGGCCCCCACACCUCAGGGCGGCCCAGACAACCAGAUCACAGGAUAUGAACUGGUUUACCGAAGGGCGGAUGACUCAGAGGAGAAGAAAGUGACCUUUGAGCCGACCGCCUCCUACCUACUGAAGAACCUGAAGCCCUUCUCCACCUACACCUUCCAGCUGGCUGCCAAAAGCAAAAACGGAAUCGGGGCUUAUACCAAUGAAGUUUCCAUUGACACACCGCAGACACUUCCUUCAGCACCUCCCCAGGACAUCACAUGCACCAGUCCCAGUUCUACCAGCAUCCUGGUAAGUUGGGCUCCCCCUCCUCUGGAGUUUCAGAACGGCAUCAUUACGGGAUACUCCAUCCAGUACUCCACCACAGAAGGCAACAAAACGACUGAAAGGAUUGAUGGAAUUCCUCCAGAAAGUUCUCCGUAUCUCCUGGAAUACCUUGAGAAAUGGACUGAGUAUGGCAUAACAGUACGGGCAUACACGGAAGCUGGGGAAGGACCAGAAAGUUUACAGCUGCUUAUCCGCACCGAGGAAGAUGUUCCAAGUGGUCCUCCGCGAGGGGUGGAGGCAGAGACUGUGAACGCCUCGGCUGUUAGGGUGAAAUGGCGAGCACCGGCACCCGAACGGCAGCAUGGUCAAGUCCGAGGCUACCAAGUCCAUUAUGUGAGGAUGAAUUACGGAGAACCUCAGGGUCAGCCCUCCAUCAAGGACAUCCUCAUAGAUGACUCACAGUGGGAAUAUGGCGACUCGACUGAAUAUGAGGUGGUGCUCGGAGACCUGAAGGCAGACACCUCCUACUCUGUAUCAGUGGGGGCUUACACCGCCAAGGGUGAUGGUGCUCGCAGCAAACCUGUUAGUGUGUGCACCGCCAUGCCAUUGCCCGAGAAACCCAAACUGAUGGUGAGUGCCACUGAUUCAGGUACUGCUCUGCUUCAGUGGUACCCAGCUCCCAACCCACCAACCCCACUCCUGGGGUACCGCCUCACCUUCGGCCGUGUCGACGUCCUUCCCUUCACCGUGGUGGAAUUUCCCACAAAGGAAAACCGCUACACUGCCCAGGAUAUUUACAAGGGAGCUAACUAUGUGUUCAGACUCUCUGCCCGUAACAUGGGCUACGGAGAGGAGGCCAUAAAAGAGGUGACCACUCCUGAAGAUGCACCAAGUGGAUACCCAGAAAAUAUUAUCUCAGAGGAGGCUUCUGCCAACUCGCUUUGGCUGGCAUGGAAAUCAGUCCCACUAGUUGAGCAAAAUGGGAAAAUUACGAAAUACUCUGUGUUGUACAAGGAUAUAAACAGUCGAGGAAAUGCCUCUGAGGUUGUGGUGCCCACUCCAAAGUCGAGUGUUUUGUUGGAAGGUCUGAGUGCCGAUACUGUGUAUGAUGUCAGGGUGUGUGCGUUCACAGCUGUCGGUCCGGGGCCCUACAGCCCAAGUGUCCAGUUUAGGACGCAGCGGUUAGACCAAGUUUUUGCCACCAACUUCAGAGUAAAGGCAGCCAUGAAAAACUCUGUGUUGCUGUCCUGGGAGAUCCGAGACAAGAACCCUGCUCAGCCAUUCACAAUCCUGUAUGGAAAGGGUCAGUCCGUGGAAGUGGACGGCAAGCAGACCCAGAAGCUGAUCACUGGCUUGGAGCCGGACACUCAGUACUCUUUUCUGCUCACCAACCGGGCAAACAGCGCUGGGGGUCUGCAGCACCGCGUCACCGCCACCACCGCUCCAGACAUCCUGAAAACCAAACCCACUGUGGUGGGGAAGACCAACGCAGACGGCAUGGUGACUGUGCAGCUCCCAACUGUGCAGACCACAGCAAAAGUCAGAGGUUACUAUGUGGUGGUGGUGCCGCUGAAGAAACAGAGAGGAGGGAAGUUCCUGAAUCCCUGGGAGGAGCCCGAUCAGAUGAACUUGGAUGAGCUCCUCAAAGAGAUCAACAGAACCAGUAUCAGUCGUGCCCUUCGUAUCCGCAGACAGGCAGGUCAGUCGGAUCCCAGGGCCUACGUCACAGCUCAUUUCAAGACCCUCCCCAUGGAGUUCACAUUAGGUGACGGCCGAAACUAUGGCGACUUCCGCAACCGUCCACUGCAAAAUGGCCAGGAGUAUGUUUUCUUUGUGCUCGCACUGCUAGACCUCUCUGAGAAUACCAUGUACGCUACAAGCCCUUAUUCUGACCCCGUGACCUCAUCGGACGUGGAUCCUCAGCCAAUCGUUGAUGAGGAAGAGGGGCUGUUGUGGGUGGUGGGUCCUGUACUGGCUGUGAUCUUCAUCGUCUGCAUCGUCAUCGCCAUUCUACUCUUCAAGAGCAAACCUGACAGAAAAAGGGCCGAGGCUGAAGGAAGGAAGGGCAGUUUUCCCUGCAGCAAAGCCAUGUCCUCCCACCAUCCCACCGAUCCAGUGGAGCUACGCAGAAUCAACUUCCAGACUCCAGCCUACCGUGUAUCAGUGUACCGCGGUUAUCGGCGUUUGUCAAGCAUGGCAAGUCACCCGCCCAUUCCCAUCUCUGAGCUGGCAGAUCACAUUGAACGCCUCAAGGCUAACGACAAUCUCAAGUUCUCUCAAGAGUACGAGUCCGUCGACCCCGGUCAGCAGUUCACAUGGGAGAACUCCAACUUGGAGGUCAACAAACCAAAGAACCGCUAUGCUAACGUCAUUGCCUAUGAUCACUCGAGGGUUAUUCUCUCCAGCAUUGAGGGUGUCCCUGGCAGUGACUACAUCAACGCUAACUAUAUUGAUGGCUACCGCCGUCAGAAUGCCUAUAUUGCCACUCAGGGCUCCCUCCCUGAGACCUUCGGGGACUUCUGGAGGAUGGUCUGGGAACAGCACACAGCCAACAUCAUCAUGAUGACCAAGCUGGAAGAGAAGUCAAGGGUGAAGUGUGAUCAGUACUGGCCAACACGCGGCACAGAGACCUACGGCCUCAUCCAGGUCACUCUGCUGGACACAGUGGAGCUGGCUACCUACUCUGUCAGGACCCUCGCUCUGUACAAGAGCGGGCUCCAAUGAAAGCGUGAAGUUCGUCACUUCCAGUUCACAGCCUGGCCGGACCACGGGUGCCCUGAACACCCCACCCCCUUCCUGGCCUUCCUUCGCCGGGUGAAGGCUUGCAACCCUCCCGAUGCAGGACCCAUGGUUGUCCACUGCAGUGCUGGGGUGGGCCGCACCGGCUGCUUCAUCGUGAUCGACGCCAUGACGGAGCGAAUCAAGCACGAGAAGACCAUCGACAUCUACGGCCAUGUCACGCUGAUGCGCUCCCAGAGGAACUACAUGGUCCAGACGGAGGACCAGUACAUCUUCAUUCAUGAUGCACUGCUGGAGGCCGUGACCUGUGGGAACACCGAGGUCCCUGCCAGGAACCUGUACUCCUACAUCCAGAGGCUAACGCAGAUUGAACCGGGGGAGAAUGUCACCGGAAUGGAGCUGGAGUUCAAGCGUCUGGCAAGUGCCAAGGCCCACACAUCACGGUUCGUGAGUGCCAAUCUGCCAUGCAACAAGUUCAAGAACCGGCUGGUGAACAUUAUGCCCUAUGAGACCACGCGCGUCUGUCUGCAGCCAAUCAGAGGAGUGGAGGGAUCUGACUACAUCAACGCCAGCUUCAUUGAUGGAUACAGGCAGCAGAAGGCCUAUAUAGCAACCCAAGGCCCGCUGGCUGAGACCACAGAGGACUACUGGAGGAUGCUGUGGGAACACAACUCCACCAUAGUUGUAAUGCUAACCAAACUAAGAGAAAUGGGACGGGAAAAGUGUCACCAGUACUGGCCCGCAGAGCGCUCAGCCAGGUACCAGUACUUUGUGGUGGACCCCAUGGCUGAGUACAACAUGCCCCAGUACAUCCUUCGAGAGUUCAAAGUCACAGAUGCCAGGGAUGGCCAGUCGCGGACAGUUCGUCAGUUCCAGUUCACUGAUUGGCCAGAGCAAGGAGUGCCAAAGUCAGGGGAAGGAUUCAUUGAUUUCAUUGGCCAGGUGCACAAAACUAAAGAACAGUUUGGCCAGGAUGGGCCAAUUACUGUGCACUGCAGUGCCGGAGUAGGGAGGACUGGUGUCUUCAUCACCCUCAGUAUUGUGCUGGAGAGGAUGAGGUAUGAAGGAGUGGUGGACAUAUUCCAGACUGUCAAGAUGCUGCGCACCCAGAGACCUGCCACCGUUCAGACAGAGGACCAGUACCAGUUCUGCUACCGGGCCAGUCUGGAGUACCUUGGAAGCUUUGAUCACUAUGCAACAUAAACCCAGUGGCCGUCUCUCAUGCCACAUCCAACCGAGUGCAGUUUUUCUCAGGUCCCGCGCCACCUGAAUAAAUGCACUAGGCUGCGAUGUGACUUUGAAGAUUUCCGCCACCACAUGCAGAGUGAAGGGGGACCAUCGGCUUAUCCUGUACCCAGAAACAGCACCUCUAACUGAGCCAUAGCAACCUGCUUGACAAGGGUGUUUCUUUUCCACCCUCAGCCCAAACACGCCCAUUGGUCAGUCUGAAGAAGCAACUUCAACCACUGUUCCAACCAGAAUACUUGAUCAAAUAUAGAUUUUUAUUUGUUUCAGUGCUUUUUGUGAGCACCCAGAUUGCUUUUUCGUUGUUUGGGUGUGGAACUCUCACCUCCACCAGUGUAGCAUCACCAACCUAAAUACAGGACCCGGCUACAAUAUUUUUCUGUCACAGGAAACUUAGAUUUUUCUAUCAUGAGGACUGUCUAGAAGGAGUCUACAAAUCCAUCUUAUGGAAGCCUCGUGGACUGAAAGAACUGGGACUUUAGAGCACCAGAGAAUUGCCAACAGGAGACUGAAAACACAGAGCACACAGUAUUAAAAAGACAACACACAUCCAAAAAAAAAAAAAAAAGACACAAAGAAGUGUAUUUUUUUCUGUUUUGUUUUGGAAACAGACUCUCGUUUCCCAUGAAUGAAAAAGAAGAUAUUUCUACCAUACAGUAAUAAACACCACCAGUUCAACCUUAUGCUUCACGAUUUAAGAUAUGGGAAGUUUAAGAGAGGUUUAAAAAUGAAUACCACAAAGUAAAACAUUAAUUUAGUUUUUUAGAAGAAUAUGUGACUAUUUUGUUUUUUAAAAAAACUGAGUAAUCCUUAUGGCACGUUCAGUUUUUUUGUUUGUUUGUUUGUUUGUUUUUACAAGUUUAUGACUUUGUCUGUAAUGACCAUACAAAGGCAAAGUUGUAUUUUUUUCUUUGUAAUCCAAUGAGCUGUAGCCAUUUUUUUAAAGUGAUACGGUACUGUUUUAAAGUGUACAAUCAAAUCUAGUGUGGAAAAUGUUCACGGUUCUAUGAAAAAUGCCACCAUUGAGUGUCACUCUCCUGUAUUCUCCACCCACUCUCUUUUUCAAAAACACACGUUUCGCAUGCACACAGGACUCGCAACCUCAUUGCUAUCUCGCCUGCAGCGUCGGAGACCUGAAGACGGUUAUUUUUAAUUCCCAGGGCCCCACUGGGUUACAGUAUUAACACUGCUGCUACCGGAAAGUCCCAAGAAUAAUCCCGCCAAGUUCUCCUAUGUGUACGCUUAAGGAAAGCCAGAUAGAACACAAGUGCAGAGAAAGAGAAAUGUGGGGGGAAAAAAGAAAAGAAAAAAAGCAACUAUUUAUGUGUCCAGAUAAGCUUCACAAAGAUUUCUCAAGCAGGGAGCGAGAAAGGGAUGUAGGAAAGGGAUGGGAUGUGGGGGUUGGGGAAAGAACAAUUUUCUCACUGGAAUGCUCACCUUUGACUUUUCUCUGUGUCUGAUUCAGUGUGCAAUAAGUAGAUGUAUUAUAUAUUUUUGUGUCCAGUCACUAACUGCAGUUAUAUGCCAUGAUGAUGAUGAUAGUGAUGAUGGUGCAUCAUUUUUCCAGACACAAGGAUGUUACACUUAAUAUGGUUCCCACCACCAUUUAAUGUGUCCAGAUUGAGGAAUCACCUUUGACCUCUUAGGAAGUAGAUCUUUUAUCAUGUCACAGCUCCAGUAGAUGAUGUCAUCCUUCUGUCUGUCACGGCAACCAACGAAUGAUCGAACUCAUGUUUCAAACAGCAUCUAAUAAGUAUUUUGAUUUUAGAUUUCUAGUGCCUUAUAUUACACGCCUAUUUUGAUAAAGUUACUUAAAAGGAUUUUUCGUGUACUUUAUGUAUGGAUGCUUGUGCGUACGUGAACUGAACGUCUGUGUAUAUGAUUUUGUUAUGUUGCAGUACGUGAAAGUAAUUUGUGCGUUCUGUUUUUCGGCUGUGAAAUUCUGAAUGGAAGGCUCUGUGUGGGCUGGAUAGUUGUACUCAUCGUUUCAAACCCAGCAACUCCAUCAUCAUAUCUCUUUUAUUAUGGAAAAAAAAAGGAAAAAAAAACUUAUCUUACAUGUGACUCAACUGCACAUAAAAUGUGGUUUCAAAAUGGCUUCUUAAGCAGAAUGAGCUGAUCAUUUUGGACAGAAAAAAAGAUAUGUUUCUGUGCCAAGAUCUCCGUCUUUUCUCCGCAGGACACUUACACAAACUUUGUGUAUAUACUCUUCUCAUGGAGACUUCAGUUUCCCUGCCAUUAAAUUUUGGCCACACAAGCAUCUUUGGCAGCGACUGUGAGCUGGCUCAGACAAGUCAUACUUUCUCAGCCAUGUAGAAAUCUAUAUAAAGCUGAAAGCCAGUGACUCUGUUUGUCAGUUUGAAGAAAAAGAAAAAAAUCAAACAUAUGAGUACGCCCACCUGAAGCUCUUCGCCUGGAAUCAGUCAAACCGGCCAUCUGUGUUCCAUAUUCUGAUGACUACAUUCAUGUAUGUUUUCUGUUACCAACAAAGGCUGAGAGAAGUUCAGGUGCUACGUCUCCAACGACACGGAAGCUACGUAGUCAUUUUUUUUGUAUCUCCAUUAACGCUUGAUCAUAUAAGGGAUCGCUGACAGUUUUCCACCAUCUUACAGUAACCCUGUCGUCGUUUUUGUAUGCAUGGUACCACUUUUGAGAUGCCCCUUUGGUCGCACCUGUUAUGGGAAGACUUGCACUUUCUCUCUUUGUACUAUGCACUAAUACUAGUAUCCUAUUAUCUCUCAUAGCCCCGCCCCCAAAAAGGAGUCUUACUUGAAGUCAGUAAAGAUGGACCCUGUAAUGCUCACAUGGUUGUGUAUAUGUAAAUAACACAAAACACAGAGAGUAAAUUGAAAUGCAUUAAUAAAUAAACAAACGACAAAGGUAAAGAGUGAAUAGAAAUUUAUCAGAUAUAGAGAGUGAUAUAAUUAAAAGGAUGCACCUGAAAUCACAGUUUUAUGGCACAGCAGUAUGUGCAAUACAUCACAUUGUGGAUUUGUUGUCCCACAAAAGAGAAGUUUCACAAAAAAAGUGUUCUAUUUUACCCCCAAUGUAUCAUGUAGAUGGAUUAAACUGGAGUUUAUAAAUUGUAUAAAAAUGAAAAUAUGGUGUGUUACUUGGAUCAGUUACCUCCAAUUGGUCUGUACAUGUAAACUUUUUUGUUUUGUUUUCUGCUCCGAGUCAACAAGUGCUUUUUAUUUUCUUACAUUGGUUCUCGGAGCGUGUGAAAACUGAAAAACAGGUCUGUAUGGAUUUCUGUUCUUUAUCGACACAAGUUUCAUUUGUUACAAAUAAACUCAAGUGAAAGAA